AUGGGCGACGCAUCUGGAGUAGGCGGCUGGGAAGUGGUCACCGCUCGAAACCAAGAAGAACGCAGCAGUGGCCCUGGGCUGGGAUCUCCAACUCCUGCACACCUGACGAAAACAUUGUAUAUCCCUCAUCAUGAUGGGAGCACGUCAGAUAUCUCCGUUUUCCAAGUCACCGAGCAGUAUAAGGAGAGCGUCAAGGGGCGUGGAAUGGGAUCAGCCUCGUAUGUUGUGGCGCUAGGACGGAUGCCUAAACCGCAAGUGGAUAGUAAGGACCUAGCGACCGGUGAGAAUGAAAUCGUGUACAAUGUCAACUUUCAAGAUGCGGCCUUGAACCUGACCUCGUCGUCGUCGGAUGAGUCACCCGUGGAGGCAAACGUUGUCAUUGAAUCUGCUGAAGACAGAGCUGCUACCAUUACAUUGAAGUCGCAAGAUGAAAGCGCAGUCGAAGCUAUCUCGAUGUCGACAUCUUACACUAUUCCACCAACAACCCGGAAGAAGAAAGUUUACGCACACCCCUAUUUCGGUUUUCAAUUUCCUGGGGAAAAUGGGAAAUUUCUUGAAUGGCAAAUUCACCCAGUCUCACAAGGACGCUUGCGAUAUACACUUGUUCGCAACCCGAAGGCACAAGGGACUAGUAAUGGUGCAACUCCCAUAAUCUCUCCGGAUGAAGAUAUUCUUGCUAUUUAUCACCACAUCGGUGAUACAAUCUCACUCCCCCUGCCAGUCAGUGAGGGUAUGCUUCUCGUCUCUUCUGAAAUGGAUUCGGCUACCGAGGCGAUUGUGGUUGCGAGUGCCCUUGGAAUGCUCUGGAAGCUGCGACUGCUGUGCAAAACAGGGGAAAGUACUGGAUCUAACAGCAAGGUUUCCAAAAAAGGAAGACUUGGAUUUAUCAAAGGCCUGCUUCACAAGAACUAA